ACUUGAAACAAUUUCCAGGGGUGCAAGAUGGUACUCCAUGGAAAUGGCUGGUGUAGUUACCUAUACUGGAGCCAAAAUCAUCCAGAAUGCCCGUUUGCUUAUUGAUCGAAUCGGGAAACCACUUGAGUUGGAUACAGAUGGUAUAUGGUGUUGUCUCCCUGGAUCUUUUCCUGAGAACUUUACUUUUAAAACGAUUGACAUGAAGAAACUCACAAUCUCUUAUCCAUGUGUAAUGCUAAAUGUUGAUGUGGCAAAGAAUAAUACAAAUGAUCAAUAUCAGACUCUUGAAGAUCCUGUACGCAAGACAUACAAGUCACAUAGUGAAUGCUCAAUUGAAUUUGAAGUGGAUGGACCGUACAAGGCAAUGAUUAUUCCUGCAUCGAAAGAGGAAGGAAUCUUAAUUAAGAAGCGUUAUGCUGUUUUCAAUCAUGACGGAACCUUAGCAGAACUCAAGGGUUUUGAGAUCAAGCGUAGAGGGGAGCUGAAACUCAUUAAAGUUUUCCAGGCCGAGCUUUUUGACAAAUUUCUCCAUGGAUCAACUCUUAAAGAGUGCUAUUCUGCUGUUGCAGCCGUCGCAAAUCGGUGGCUUGACCUACUCGAUAAUCAAGGAAAAGAUAUUGCCGAUAGUGAACUGCUAGAUUAUAUAUCAGAGUCAAGCACAAUGAGCAAAUCGUUAGCAGAUUAUGGUGAGCAAAAGUCAUGUGCAGUGACCACCGCAAAACGCUUGGCUGAAUUUCUUGGUGAUUCAAUGGUCAAAGAUAAAGGACUUCGUUGCCAAUACAUUGUUGCUUGUGAGCCAAAGGGUACACCUGUUAGCGAACGGGCUGUUCCUGUUGCUAUAUUUGAAACAACGAAACCGGGAAUUAUGAAGUAUUAUCUGCGAAAAUGGUGCAAGACAUCAUCAGACGUCGGAAUCCGUUUAAUUAUUGACUGGUCGUAUUAUAAGCAGCGCCUUAGUUCAGCUAUCCAAAAAGUUAUUACCAUUCCUGCUGCAAUGCAGAAGGUGGAAAAUCCUGUGCCUAGGGUGAAUCAUCCUGAUUGGCUCCAUAAAAAGGUUCGUGAGAAAGAGGACAAAUUUCGCCAGAGAAAACUAGUUGAUAUGUUUAGUUCAGCAAACAAAGACGGUGUGUCGGACACAGAUCAUUUGGUGACUGAAGAUAAUAUGGAAGAUAUUGAGGAUUUUUGCAAAGAAAACAGGCCUUCCGUGAAAGGGCCAAAGCCAAUUGCACGUUCUUUUGAAGUAAAAAAAAAAAUGACUGAACACGAGCAGAAAGAGAGCUGCGGUCCAGAGUUCCAUGAUAUCUCAUUUCAGAACAUUGACAAGAACGUAAAUUACCAAGGAUGGCUUGAACUGAAAAAGAGAAAAUGGAAAGUGACAUUAGAGAAGAAGAAAAAACGAAGGUUGGGUGAUCUAAGAUCUUCAAAGCAGAUUGAUGCUCACGAGAUAAAUCAAAAAGUUGGUCUGGGAAGAGGAGGUGUAGGUUCAUACUUUAGGAGGCCUGAAGAAGCCUUGACUAGUUCACAUUGGCAGAUAAUACAACUGGUCCCAAGUCCACAGAGUGGGCAAUUUUUCGCCUGGGUGGUUGUGAAAGGAUUGAUGCUUAAGAUCCCAUUGACAAUCCCAAGGGUGUUUUACAUUAAUUCCAAAGCUCCUACAGUUGAAAAAUUCCCGGGAAAGUGUGUCAACAAGAUUCUUCCUCAUGGAAGGCCUUCUUAUAAUUUGAUUGAGGUUAAAAUUCAGGAAGAUCAAUUUAAAAAAGAAAGCAAAAUGCGUGCAGCUCUUCUUGCCAACCCUGAAAUUGAGGGCAUAUAUGAAACUAAGGUGCCUCUGGAGUUUAGUGCUAUAUGUCAAAUUGGAUGUGUAUGCGAAAUUGAUAACACAGCUAAGCACCGUAAUAUCCAAGAUGGAUGGAAAAUUGGUGAACUUCAUAUGAAAACUACAACUGAGUGUCGCUACUUGGACCGUUCAAUUCCACUUGUUUACUUGUAUAACAGCACCUCUACAGGGCGUGCUAUGUAUGUUUUAUAUUGUCAUGCAUCGAAGCGUAUGUCUGCCGUGGUAGUUGAUCCUUUUAAUAGCAAGGAAUUAUUACCAUCUGCCCAAGAGAGACAGUUUAGAGAUAGUUGCCAAGAAUUUUCAAUUGACUUAUUGUCUUGGGGUAGUAUCCUUUUCCAGGUAGACUAUGUUGACCAUCCUGAAGCUGCCAAGAAGAUUAUACAGAAAGCAAUAAGUGAAUACAAAGAAGAAAAUAGUGGACCAACUGUUGCUGUCAUUGAAUGCCCUGACUAUAACUCCAUGAUGGAAGGUAUUAAGGCCCUGGAUGAUUUCCCCUGUGUGAGGAUUCCCUUCAACGGCGAUGACAAUAGUUAUCAGCCUGUCUCCUGGCAACGUCCAGCAGCAAAAAUAGCAAUGUUCCGUUGUGCUGCAGCAUUUCAGUGGUUGGAUCAGAGGAUUGCCCAAUCAAGAUACGCCCAUGUGCCUCUGGGGAAUUUUGGACUUGAUUGGCUAACAUUCACAAUAGAUAUCUUCAUGUCCAGGGCACUCCGUGGCCAGCAACAGGUCCUUUGGGUGUCAGAUAAUGGUGUUCCAGACCUCGGAGGUAUAAACAAUGAAGAGACAUUCUUUGCUGAUGAGGUGCAACAGACAAGUUUGGUAUUCCCUGGAGCGUAUAGAAAAGUGUCUGUGGAGCUAAAGAUCCAUCACUUGGCUGUUAAUGCCCUUCUGAAAAGCAACCUUGUGAAUGAAAUGGAAGGAGGCGUCUUUUCGGGAUUUGAAACAAAUUCAGACGAGAACACCAGUUUUGAUGAGACCACUGGAUGUGCUCAAGCAUUUCGUGUCCUGAAACAAUUGUUUGAUAAUUGCUUUACUGAUGUGCGUAAAUAUGAGAAUAUCUAUGCUGAUUCCAUUUUGCAACGCUUGUCUUGGUGGCUCUGCAGCCCGUCCUCUAAGCUCCAUGAUCCAGCUCUUCAUCUCAUGCUUCACAAGGUCAUGCAAAAGGUCUUUGCUCUGCUAUUGACUGAUUUGCGGAGAUUGGGUGCUAUGAUAAUUUAUGCAGACUUCUCAAAGGUCAUUAUCGACACAGGGAAAUUUGAUCUAUCUGCUGCUAAGGCCUAUUGUGAAAGCUUGCUCACAGCGGUGGGAAAUAGUUCUAUCUUUGAGUGGAUAUUGCUCGAGCCGGUUCACUACUGGCACUCAUUACUUUUCAUGGAUCAGUAUAACUACACUGGUAUCCAAGCUACCGAUGAUGAAAGUUCACCUGACGAAGUGGCUAUUGAACAAAAAUGGAGUGUUGCACGACAUUUACCCGAGUAUAUUAAGAGUGAUUUCACUAUAAUCGUUGCCGAGUUUAUAUUCCAUCCCUGGAAAUUUGCAUUAGAGAAAAAAAAAGGCAGUUCAGAGAGUUUAGAGGCACAGAUGGUAGAAUAUCUAAGAGAACAGAUUGAAUCCUAUUUCACAGAGAGGCUUCUUAAGAAGGUUAUUGAUAUCAUGUCACACAUGAAGGACAUAAACGUUUCAGAUGCAUCUCGGUUUUCUGGUCAAACUCCCAAAGGAGAUUACACGUUAGAAUUUAUACAGGUUAUCUCUGCUGUUCUGGCUCUUGACCAGAAUGUCCAGCACGAUGUUCUGGUAAUGAGAAAGAAUCUGUUGAAGUACAUUAAGGUAAAAGAGUAUGCUGCUGAAGCCGAAUUUCUUGAUCCUGGGCCCUCCUGCAUCUUACCUAAUGUAGCUUGCAGCAACUGUGAUGCCUACAGAGACCUAGAUUUAUGCAGAGACCCAGAUCUAUUAACAGAGAAAGAAUGGUCAUGUGCGGAUACACAAUGUGGGAAGAUAUAUGACAGAGAGCAGAUGGAGAAUAGUCUUCUCCAGAUGGUGAGACAGAGAGAGAGAAUGUACCACAUGCAGGAUCUAGUGUGCAUUAGGUGCAAUCAGGUGAAAGCCGCUCAUUUGACAGAGCAGUGUGAGUGUUCUGGUUCCUUUAGAUGCAAAGAGAGCGGGUCAGAGUUCCACAAGAGGAUGGAGAUUUUCUUGGAUAUAGCAAAGCGCCAGAAGUUCAAAAUGCUAGAAGAAUGCACCUCUUGGAUUUUACAAUGCACCAGCUGCUAACAAAACAGAGAAAGACAUCAUUUAUAGGUUAAUUGAUUUGUGUAUAAUUUCUACACCUAACUGACUCAAAACAAAUGUCUUUACAUGAUGAAGUUGUGGUGAUAGCAUUUUUCAGUGACAUAACUAGCGCUCUUGGAUCAGGCCAUUUAA